AUAAAAACGCCCGUCGCCGUGUAAAAUCAUGCCGAAGAAUGCAAACGGAUUCACGUAGCGCGGUUCUCACCCACGCCGACCCGUAACAGACGAGACGGCGACCCGUUCUGGGGAUUUUCAUUCACGCAUCCAAUCUGCAGGUUGUGUUAAAACAGGUGCGGUGUUCAAUGGGUACGUUUGCGGUUUCGUGUGGUGCUCGUGCGACUUGACGUACGGUUGGGGUUGUUUUUCGGGUGUUUUGACUAGUUUUUAGUGGAGACGCGCACCCGACCCGUGAUCCAAUUGGAGUUGGGAAAAGACUAAUUUUUAUAAAGAACUCUUGGGACCAACUUGUUUUGGUUUUAGAAUGUGAACUGAAGAGUAUUCUAGAAGAUCGGUUCAUGGCCGGAAUUUACGUAUCAGCCGGCACUCAUGGUCGCCUCCUUCACUCACCAGCCGCCCGUCACCGUCAGCGUCCGCGCAGCAGACUGCGGCAAGCCGCGCAGCCGUUCCCCUUACCUACUCCAUACUUACCGACGUAGUGCGAUCCAUUCGACCGAUUCCCCAGAAUCCCAUCGAAGUUUCCCGCCCAGCUAAUCGACAAUUCGCGAUAAGCUAAUCAGCAGGACUGUAUUUGUUACUACCUCUAACUUUUUUUAGAUAUUUCAUAGAUUUUUGAUAUUUUUGGUAUAUCGGAACCAGUACAAGACUUUGUUGUGUGGCCUUAAUUUUUUACCUGAUUCGUAUUUCGUACAUAUUAUAAGCGUGGCCUUAAUGUUAGUUUGUAGUAGACUGUCGCCUUUGUCCAUCCUAUCCUAAUCAAAUCCCAAAAAAGAUGGGCAGCAGGCGUUCCUUCAUGAGCACCAGAACUCAUACCAUUGAUAGUCAAAGAAGAAUUCGAGCAAAUGAUAAACAGUUCAACUCGCAAUUUCGUUAUGCUAGCAACUACAUCAAGACAUCAAAGUACAGUAUCCUGACGUUCCUGCCGCUGAAUCUGUUCGAGCAGUUCCAGCGGCUGGCCAACUUCUAUUUUUUGUGCCUUCUCGUGCUGCAGCUGAUACCGGCCAUCAGCAGUCUCACGCCCGUCACCACUGCGCUACCCCUCAUCGGCGUGCUCGGACUCACUGCCAUCAAAGAUGCAUACGAUGACAUCCAACGUCAUAUUUCCGAUUCUCAAGUCAACAACAGGAAGUCGAGAGUCGUGCGGAAAGGCAAACUGGUCCAGGAACGAUGGUCCGAGGUCCAAGUUGGCGACAUCAUCCGCAUGGACAAUAAUCAGUUUGUCGCCGCCGACAUCCUGCUGUUGUCGUCCAGCGAACCGAACGGGCUGUGUUACAUAGAAACCUCAGAACUCGACGGUGAGACGAAUUUGAAAUGCCGCCAGUGCCUGACGGAAACGGAGGCAAUGGGCGAGGACAACGCGUUGCUGGGUGAGUUCGACGGCGAGAUCAUCUGCGAAACGCCGAACAAUUUGCUGAACAAGUUUGAGGGCGUGCUGGUGUGGAAGAACAAGACGUACGCGCUCGACAACGACAAAAUAAUAUUGCGCGGUUGCGUGCUGCGUAACACACAAUGGUGCUACGGCGUCGUUGUCUUUGCUGGCAAAGACACGAAGCUGAUGCAGAACAGCGGCAAGAGCAAGUUCAAGCGCACCAGUAUAGAUAGGCUCCUUAACUUUUUAAUUAUAGGUAUAGUAUUUUUUUUAUUGUCCAUGUGCCUUUUCUGCAUGGUGGCGUGCGGUAUAUGGGAGUCGUUGGUCGGCCAGUACUUUCAGACAUUCCUGCCAUGGGACACUCUGGUGCCCUCGGAGCCCUUGGGCGGUGCCACCACUACCGCCCUCCUGGUGUUCUUCUCGUACGCCAUCGUCCUCAACACCGUCGUGCCGAUCUCGCUUUACGUCUCCGUCGAGGUGAUACGGUUCGUCCAAAGUUUUCUCAUCAAUUGGGACGAACAAAUGUACUAUUGCAAAACGGGGACCCACGCCAAGGCGCGCACCACCACACUUAACGAGGAACUAGGCCAAAUCGAAUACAUAUUCUCAGACAAAACGGGAACACUCACACAAAACAUAAUGACGUUCAACAAAUGCUCGAUCGGCGGCAUCUCCUACGGCGAUGUGAUCGAUCAGCGAACCGGCGACAUAAUUGAAAUAACCGAGGAUACGGAGUCCAUAGAUUUUUCGUUCAAUCCCGAAUUCGAGCCGGAAUUCAAGUUCUACGACGGCAAACUGUUGGAAGCCGUCAAACGGAAGGAUCCCGAAGUGUUCAGUUUCUUUAGAUUGCUGGCGUUGUGCCACACCGUCAUGUCCGAGGUGCAGGACGGCAAGCUGGAGUAUCAGGCCCAAUCGCCGGACGAAGCGGCCCUCGUCUCGGCCGCACGAAAUUUUGGUUUCGUUUUCAAAGAACGUUCUCCUAACAGCAUCACCAUUGAGGUGAUGGGCCAAAAGGAGGUGUACGAACUGCUGUGCAUUUUGGAUUUUAAUAAUGUUAGGAAAAGAAUGUCGGUAAUACUCAGGAAAGACGGGAAGUUAAGGCUGUAUUGUAAAGGUGCUGACAAUGUGAUUUAUGAGAGGCUGAAGGAUGGAAAUGAUGAUGUUAAGAACAAGACUCAGGAGCACUUAAAUAAAUUUGCUGGUGAAGGUUUACGGACUCUUUGCCUAGCUUCACGUGAUCUCGACGAGGAUUUUUUUAACGACUGGAAAAAACGACACCAAGAAGCGGCGGUGUCGUUAGAAAACAGGGACGAACUUCUUGACGCAAUAUAUGAGGAAAUCGAACGGGACAUGAUACUUAUUGGAGUGACGGCAAUAGAGGACAAGCUGCAGGACGGUGUUCCCCAGACGAUAGCGAACUUGAUAUUGGCCAACAUCAAAAUUUGGGUACUUACAGGUGAUAAACAAGAAACUGCCAUCAACAUUGGAUACUCGUGUCAGUUGCUGACUGACGACAUGGUCGACGUGUUCAUAGUGGACGCGUCCUCAUUCGACGAGGUUAACCACCAACUUCUCAAGUUUCGCGACAACAUACGCGCCAACAUCAAGAUUAUGAACGCGUACCAGCCUAAAAGAGCCGGUGCCGGCGAUAUUGACGUCCACUUGGAGACGUCGAACGGCAAGGCGGCGGCCGACAACGCCGCUAACCAUUCUACGGGAACGUCGACGCCGCCGCAACAGCAUUCGCAGCCGGUUCCGGCCGUCAGUGUCGUUACCUUCAGGUGGGAUGCAAUAGAACAAUGUGACAAUACGAGAGCAAGCACUGAACUAGAAUAUCAUAGUCCGGAAGAGACGACGACGGACGAAACGAAUUCCGACUUCGCAAUCGUGAUAAAUGGUCACUCUCUUGUCCAUUGCUUGCACCCGCAACUGGAACGACUGUUCUUGGACGUAGUGAUGCACUGUAAGUCUGUGAUUUGUUGUCGGGUGACACCGCUGCAGAAGGCUCUGGUUGUCGAACUCAUCAAGAAGAACAAACAUGCCGUCACUCUGGCAAUCGGCGACGGCGCCAACGACGUGUCGAUGAUUAAGGCUGCCCAUAUUGGAGUGGGUAUAUCCGGCCAGGAGGGUAUGCAGGCUGUACUGGCAUCCGACUAUUCGAUAGCGCAGUUCAGGUUUUUGGAAAGACUGCUGCUGGUGCAUGGCAGAUGGUCGUACUACAGGAUGUGCAGCUUUCUGCGGUACUUCUUCAACAAAAAUUUUGCAUUCACUUUGUGCCACUUUUGGUAUGCGUUUUUCUGCGGGUUUAGCGCGCAGACUGUGUUUGAUCCAAUGUAUAUAUCAAUUUAUAAUCUUUUUUAUACAUCUUUACCCGUCCUCGCAGUCGGCAUAUUCGACCAAGACGUAAAUGAGAAGAACUCUGUGCUGUACCCUCAACUGUAUCGGCCGGGACACAUGAACUUAUUUUUUAACAAGAAGGAAUUUUUUCGAAGUGCCAUGCAGGGAUGUUACGUGUCCGGAAUAUUGUUCUUUAUUUCGUUCGGCACUUACUAUGAUGCUGUGAGUCCUGAUGGACAAGGACUGUCGGAUUAUAUGCUUUUCUGCAGUGCAACGGCCGCGAUGUUAGUUAUUGUAAACACAGCCCAGAUUGCUUUGGAUACUCAAUACUGGACAGUGUUUAACCAUAUAGUGACUUGGGGCUCUCUGGCGUUCUUCUUUAUUGCCGACUACUUCUACAACUACGUGUUCGGCGGCCCGUACGCCGGUUCCUUGACCAAAGCGAUGAAGGAGGCAAACUUCUGGUUCACCACACUACUGGUCGUCAUCAUGUCAAUAAUGCCCGUUCUAGCAUGGAGAUUCUACUUCGUCGACGUGGCGCCCACACUUUCAGACAGGGUGCGGUUGAAGCAACGAAUGGCCCAAGUUCGCUCGCGACAAAGCCAAGACGUGCUGCGCACUCCUUCUGCACGCCGGGCCCGACGUUCCAUCCGCUCGGGCUACGCGUUCGCCCACCAGGAAGGUUUCGGCCGCCUGAUUACGUCAGGCAAGAUAAUGCGCAAACUGCCCAACACUACCGAUUACAUAAUUGGGAAGCUGCAGGGCGGCAGCAGCGGCAAGAACAACGUGCCAUCCGCGCCACCGCCGUCGCAAGAGGGCAGCAGCGGAAGUCGGGCACCUAUUCAAGAUUUGGACACUAUAAAUCUGUGAGGUGCGAGGUUCGGUGCGACACUGAGAGAAUGGGGGUGAUGUUUUCUUAGUAUGGUGCAAAACAGAUAAUCGGAGUCGAGAGGUGGACGAAAUAGUUGACACCAACUCAAAUCGCCGACUUAUUUUUUUUAACAGAUGUUUGAUAAUAAUUUAUUAGAAAACGAUGAUUUUCAAGAUUUUUAAGUGUAAAGAGUAUAGAAGAUAUUUUCAUAAGCAUAUACCGCCACUUUAACUCGACUUGAACGCACCUAUAACUCAUAUAAAGCAUUACCACAAAUAGAUGCCUUAAACAUAACACUCAAACAUUGAGAUUAUGUUAAACAAACGUAACGACUUAAUAUUGUUUGCAUUCCUGCGAAUACCAUUCCAUGUGAGGUGUUUUAAUGAAGUCCGUUACAGAUUUUUGAAAUUUUUAUUAAUGAAAUGAUAUUGUUGCAUAUCAACUAGAUCUUCAUAGCCAAGAUUCUAUCCUUUCAAAAAAGAAAUUUGGACAAAAUUAUUUAUUUAUUGUAAUUGAAAUUUUGAUAUUCUAUUUAUUACUUUUUGCAUUUAGUAUUACUGGUUACACAGCUUUAAGAUGUUUUAUAUGACAGUGGUUUUAGCGGUUUUAUCUGUUUUGAACAUUAAGAGAAAAUAUUGCCUGGAUUGCUACUUAAGCUUUAUACAUUUUUUUGAAAUUUAAGUUAAUGUUCUUAUAAGUAUUAUAGCACAUAUGAAAAUUUUUAAAGUUAAUGAUCUAAAAUAUUGUUAUAUUUUACAAAAAGUAUUGAAACGUUAAUUUGCUAACAAAUGUUAAGUAUUUGCUAUGUGAUUUUUCACUUAGGAUAGGUAUUUGUACAGUAUAAAUUGUUUUAUGUUAUUAGACUUAAGCUUCAACUAGUCAUCAGAGUAUGUUUAAUGUUAAAAAUCUUUAUUACAAAGUUAUUUAAAAUAUAUGCUUUCGUUUUUUAUAAAAUAAAUUUAUUUUUUCCUUA